AUGACCAUACCCAAUCCUAGGGUCUUCAUGGAUAUCAGCAUUGGUGGUAGGGACAUAGGAAGGAUGGUUUUUGAGUUAUUCAGCGACCAACUUCCUUACACAUGUGAAAACUUUAGGUGCCUAUGUACUGGAGAAACAGGCCUCGGGUACUACUUGAGGCCUAGAUGGUAUAAAAACGUACCUAUUCAUCGAAUUAUCCCUGAUUUUAUGUGUCAGGGCGGCAAUUUCAACACAGGAAACUGUUUUGGCGGAGAAUCAAUUUACGGUCAAUACCUUCGUGACGAAUCGUUCCGUUACAAACAUUCCAAACGAGGCGUGUUAUCUAUGGCUAAGACGCGAGUUAGACAUUCAAAUUCGUCGCAAUUUUUUAUAACGUUCAGGCCCUGUGCCUGGUUGGAUGGGAAACAUGUUGUAUUUGGAAAUUUAGAACACGGACAAGAUGUAUUAAGCCAGAUAGAGCAGGAAGGUACUGAAAUUGGGAGGGUUAAGAAACCGGUCAAGAUAUGGAAUUGUGGAGAAAUAGAUCCACAAUGUAUAUAUGCAGAAAUGCCCGAAAUUUUGCCAGACAAGCCGAUCUAUGUAAUACCAAAAGUGGAUAAACCGAUAUUAGAUAUGGAAAUUGCAAAGUCUGAAGAUUCUUACAAGGAAAUUGUACCAGAUGAGGUAUUCAAACGAGCGUACUACAAUUUUUGA